GUAACACUUUGGACCAUAGAACAACAUUGAAAAUGACCAAUGGGCCUCCGAACAGCUGCCAUCUGAGGACAGACUAAAAACAGAAAGAGAUAUGAUUCCACUUAUAAAUUCAUGAAGUAUAUUAAGAAAGUGACCAGGUCUCAGAUCAGCCAAGGCAAAACAGGAAAGGAGUGGAUUGGGUGUGGAGUUGAAUGCUAAGCAGGAAAAGAAGAAAGAAGAGAAGGGCUCUUCAAGUCUCCGGACCCUGUCAUUCUGGAAAUCCCAUCCUCCCCAUGCUUGGGCCACUGAGAGACAAGAGGAAAGAAGUAAAGUAACCCAAAGCAGCAACAUCUUCCUCCUGCAUGAAAAGGAAAUACAGACUGCUCCUUUAUCAAUACCUAGUGAUAAUGUCCCCACCAUCAUACUAAUAACCAGUCCUGCCUGGUAAGAUAAGGAGCUUCAAAGAAAUACUGUACAAAGAUCCUGUGUUUACCCUGCUACCUAUUGAAAUAAGUCUGUGGAACUAUGAAGCUGAGGUUAGCUCACCUGCUCCUUCAGCCACUGUGGAGCUCCCAAGCCUUCUGUAGGCCUCUCCGUUAUGUGAGCACAGGGCUGCCCAGCCCUCAGAAGACCUUCGCCGACUUUGAAGCCAUUUACCUAGGAAAGCAGCCAAUGCCAGAGUAUUUUAAUUUUGCCAGUGAUGUGCUAGACAUGUGGAGUCAGAUGGAAAAGGCUGGAAAAAAGUCCCCAAAUCCUGCUUUCUGGUGGGUUGAUGGUCAGGGAGCUGAGGUAAAAUGGAAUUAUGAAGAGCUGGGGAUCCAAUCCAGGAAGACAGCCAAUGUUUUGUCCAGAGUGUGCAACCUGCGGCCAGGGGAUCGAUUGCUGGCGAUUCUCCCCAGGAUCCCUGAAUGUUGGUUGGUGACUGUGGCUUGUAUGAGAACAGGGGUUGUCAUCAUCCCUGGAAUAUCUCAGCUAACUGUAAAGGAUAUCCAGUACCGACUGCAGGCAUCUGGUGCCAAAGCCAUCAUUACCAAUGACUCCUUAGCACCUCAGGUGGACACCAUUAGUGCUGACUGCCCUUCCCUCCAGACAAAAGUGCUUGUCUCUGGCAGUAGUCGGCCUGGUUGGCUGAACUUCAGAGAAUUAUGCCAGGUGGCACCUGAAGAACAUAACUGUGUAAGGACUAGGAGUCAGGACCCAUUGGUCAUCUACUUCACCAGUGGCACCACAGGUUCACCCAAGAUGCUGGAACAUACCCAAGUCAGCUAUGGAUUGGGCUUUGCCACCUCUGCAAGGAAGUGGACAGAUUUAUCAGAUUCUGACAUCUUCUGGAACCCAUCUGACACAGGCUGGGUCAAAGCUGCCUGGACUUUCUACUCUACUUGGAUAACAGGAGCCUGCCUUUUCAUUCACCAGCUGCCAAAAGCUGACACCAAUGUGAUCUUGAAUACACUCUGCCAAAUGCCAAUCACCACCUUCUGUUGUGUUCCAACCAUGUUCCAGAUGCUUGUACAACAUGACUUGACCAGGUACAAGUUUAAGAGCCUGAGGCACUGUGUAACAGGAGGAGAGACCCUCAAUCCUGAUGUGAGAAAAAAAUGGAAGAGUCAGACAGGUCUGGAGUUGCAUGAAGGCUAUGGCCAGUCUGAAACUGUUUUGAUCUGUGCCAAUCAAAAAGGCAUGAAAAUCAAGUCAGGUUCCAUGGGGAAAGCUGUUCCACCCUAUGAUGUCCAGAUUGUAGAUGAUGAAGGCAACAUCCUUCCUCCAGGAAAAGAGGGUAACAUUGGCAUCAGGAUCAAACCAAAGCAGCCCUUCUGUUUCUUCACAGGCUACUUGGGCAAUGCUGAGAAAACAGCCUCUUGCAAACAGGGGGACUUUUACAUCACUGGGGACCGUGCCCACAUGGAUGAAGAUGGUUACUUCUGGUUUAAGGGAAGAGCUGAUGAUGUGAUCAAUUCUUCAAGUUACCGAAUUGGACCUUUUGAAGUAGAAAGCGCCCUGUCAGAACAUCCUGCCGUUGUUGAGUCCGCUGUGGUCAGCAGUCCAGACUCCAUCAGGGGAGAGGUGGUAAAAGCUUUUGUAGUUUUAAAUCAAGAUUUUAUCAACCAAGACCCAGGGGAACUGACUCGGGAUCUGCAAGAGCAUGUCAAAAGAUUGACAGCACCAUACAAGUACCCCAGGAAGGUGGAAUUUGUCGAAGCACUGCCAAAGACAGUCAGCGGGAAAAUUCAAAGGAGCAAAUUAAGAAAGAAAGAGUGGGGGAAUUAAGAUGGAGUUGGAGAAGCUUCUUAUUGGCCUUUCAGCAUUCCUUGCAGAGGCUUUGGCUUGAUCUUCCCCUCAACUUUAAGAAUGUCUGAGUUCUAUGAAAUGAGAAGCCUGCCCAUGAUAUGCUUCCAAGAAUCUUCUUAGAAAUGAGCCCUCUGAAUAGCCUGGGUGUGGAUUGUGCUAAUGUUCAAAAUAGCAUCUCAUAACAAUAAUAGCUCACAUUUAUGUAAUACUCUAGGUUUUAUAAAUUGCUUUAGUCACAAUAGCCCUCUGAUAUAUGUAGUGCAAAGAUGAUUAUUCCCAUUUUACAGAGAAGGAAACAGACUCUGUGAACUGAAGUGAGAAAUAUAACUAGAACUCAUUAACAAGGCAAAUUCAAUUGAUAAAGGUGGGGAGGUUUGGCUGGCAGGUGGGGACAGGGGGACAGUGCAUGCCUUGAGAACCAAGAUAGCAUUCCAAAAGUGACAAUAGUCACAACAAGAGAGGGGGCAGCACCCCCCAAGAGUCCAAGUUAGCUGGGAGGUCAGCUGGGCCCCAGUAGAGGAGUGCCAAGACAAUGAAAGUGGGAAACUCAAAGUAGCUACAUCACGUCUUGGGAACAGUGUGGAAGACUUUGAGGAAUAGUUCAGGUAUUGCUAUCACCAUGAGAGAAAGUACCUCCAUCCUCCCUUAAACUGGAAUCCAAUAAUAAAUUGUUUACAAGAGACACACUUGAAACAAUACAAUGAUCCAAGACAAUUCCAGAGAAACCAUGAUGAAAAAAUUCUUU